AUGGAUGAGCCCCAGAAGAAACUCAGCCCCCGGCACGAGGGACGGCCCCGCAAGGUGAGGUUCAAAAUAUCCUCAGCGUACAGCGGUCGAGUGUUAAAACAGGUCUAUGAAGACGGGCAGGAGCUGGAGCCCCCGGCCAAGGAGCAUUCACGGAGGUUCCUGCGCCACAGCUUCGAGCCAGAGGACCAUUUCUGCGGAGCUGGGGAAGAGCUGGAGAACAGGUUCUACUGGCCCACAGCACUGACUGCCCAGCGGAUCAGCAUCCUCAGGGACGAUCAGGAACACACUCUCACGGGGAUCUCGCCCCUGCUCAGUGACUAUACCUUGAGUGACCAUGCUGCUUCCCCAGUCGUAGAUUUUGGAAAGAUCAUCAUCUAUACAAAUAACCUGAAAAUCAUCCGUGCACCGAUGGAUCAGAAAGAGCUCAUGAGAAGAAUCAUCCAGACUGAGGGAAUAAAUGACUAUACCUUCCUGUACCGGGAGAGGAAAGAGAGAUUUGGUGGUGGAUAUAAAGACGUGGAAAAAAAGGUCACCUGCAACCAGUAUGUGCUGGAGGGUGAUGCUGAACACGGUUGUUCACAGUGUAAAGGCUCAGGCUCUGCUCCCUGCUCACUCUGCCAUGGAAGCAAGUUCUCAAUGCUGGCAAACAGAUUCAAGGAGUCCUACCGGGCUCUGAGGUGUUCGGCGUGCAACGAGAGCGGGCUGCAGCCCUGCCGGAUCUGUGCUGCCUGA